CGAUCUCCUCUUCUCAACGCGUCUUGUCGCCUCGGCCUCGGCUAACUGUCGUUCUCUUGUUUUUCUUCGCGGAACGACAAACUGCGAUGGUGCAGCAGCAAAAAAAGGGCUUGAACAGCCCUUGUUCCAUUCUUGCUCUAAUGUUAACAUUCAUGGUUUUUUUCCUGCCCCUCAUUAUUCGAGAUAUCUAUUCCAACUUGAGACGACGUUACCUCCAGCCUUUACUUCGGCGCCCUUGCACUGCCCGCAUUCCUCUGUUUGGCUUAGAAGGAAGCUGCAAGAACCCAGACCUGAAAGCCCCACAAUCUCAAGAGUUUCCUGCCCAAGAAUCGCAGGUCGGUCGGAUCUUGGAUGGAAAGACCAUUGACGAGGUGAAGCUGAGUGGAGUGGAAGUCAGGCUAGUGAUGGAAAGACUAGGAAUUGUUGGCAACCCGGAAGAAGGGGCUGAUGGGCCUCAACUCCAAGAGGGUGUGGGCGCCGCUCAGAUAGCGGGGCUGUUCGAUGAGCAGGAGCCAAGCUUGGAGGAAGUAAAGGAAGCCUUUGACGUGUUUGACAAGAACCAUGACGGGUUCAUUGAUGCGAGUGAGCUCUGCAGCUUCCUCCGUUCAUUUGGGUUCUUGAACUUGUCAGAAAGCAUCUGCAGGGAUAUGAUACGAGCCUUUGACAAUAAUGGAGACGGUCUCAUCGACUUGAGAGAGUUCAUGAAGCUCGUCGAGAAAAGUCUACACUAAAUAUAUGCCAUGCCCGAAUUCUUUCUUUGGUGCAGACACUCAUUAGUAUUCUACUGAGGGAAACAUCAAUCAAGCUGGAAGCUUGUUCAAGACGAACACAAUUUCGGGAUUCUUUUCUGUUGUUUCUGCUCUUCAAACAACCAUAUUUCGGGCUU